CUCGAAACACAAGUGUCACGCAGAAUGUUGCACAAUGUACACGAUGUCGCAUGCGCAGCUGAGCUCAAGCUUCUAUCUUGUGAGGACAGACUACUGUAACUGCUGGUUGUUCCGAGGAUGUUGAGAAUCAGAGGACUCAAAUGGCAUGUGUUGUCAUGGGGCAUCCUGCGAUCAACAACAAGAGAAAUAACUAAACUUUCACGUCAUAUGCCGAAGGCCAUGUCCCCGUCAUGUAGAGCUCUCAAAAAGACCCAGUCCCUCUUUAGAACAUCAGCUCAAUGUUUCCCUCCACCACACUACCGUCUACCACCUUUAUUUGGAGAACAUAGAGCUUUUUACUCUCAAGACUCCUCUAAAACUACAAACUCCGGGUCCAUCAAGCUGCGUACACGUUUGGUUGUGACGCUGCUUUUCGGAGGUGGUCUUAUUGGUACCUGGUGGUAUGUGUACCGGGAGAAAGAACAGAGGAUCCAGAUGCAGAGACUGGAGCAGUUGAGGAAAGUGGCUGUUGGACAGGGAGACUACCAUCUUUUGGAUCACACAGGACAGCGCAGGAGCAAACGCGACUUCCUGGGCCAAUGGGUUCUCUUGUACUUUGGCUUCACCCACUGCCCAGAUAUAUGCCCUGACGAGCUGGAUAAAAUGACCAAUGUGGUGCAUAUUCUGGAUAAAGACCCUAGCCUGCCCCCUGUCCAGCCACUUUUUAUCACUGUUGACCCUGAGAGAGAUGACGUGGCUGCUAUGGCCAAGUACGUGAAAGAUUUCCAUCCACGGCUGGUUGGAUUGACGGGCACUGCGGAGGAAGUGAAGCAUGCAGGACGGGAUUAUAGGGUCUAUGCCAGCGCUGGUCCUAAAGAUGAUGAUGGUGAUUACAUUGUGGACCACACCAUCCUCAUCUACCUGGUAAAUCCAGAUGGACUCUUCCUGGACUACUACAAUAGAAUGAAAAAUGAUGCCCAGAUCGCUGAGAGUAUACGCAAUCACAUGAAAAAAUAUGUUAAAUUAUUUCCAGAUUAAGCUGAGGGGAAAUAUGCAUUUGCACAAUAAAGCUCUAUUUCACAAGAAUGA